ACAAAGGAAUCUAUCGCAAAGGGACAAACCGGCCAUUCUUAGGUACAGCCCACGUUUAAUAAUAUAUUCGAUUCUGUAUUCAUUUCACGCAAAUGCUUUUGCAGUUGGUUGACUUGCGAUUAGCAGUAAUUGGCUAUUUAAACCACCAUGUCUGUGCCGCCAAUUGCCAAGGCAACCUUUCAGGCUGUUGUGAUCAAUGCCGGAUCGAAUGUACUCGCUCAGGUUAUCAAAUCAUACCGGGAUCAGAAACCCUUUCAGUUAGACGUCAAUACACUAUUGCAGUUCACAACCUGCGCUUUGAUCACCUCUCCACUAACCUUCCUGUGGUUGGAAAAUCUCGAAACUACAUUCCCGGGAACCACAGAGGAGAAACCGAAGACCGAGAAAGAAGACGGUCACGCCAAAGAUGAAAAGAGUUCCAGGGACGGAAAGAAAAGAAGCGGCCUGAAUGUCAAGAACACUGUCAUAAAGGUGUUCCUUGACCAGACAGUGGGCGCGGCAUGGAACACGGUUCUAUUCCUGACGACAAUGAGUAUCCUGCGUGGUCAAGACUACGAUAGUGUGGUGGAUUCUAUUAAGACCGACUUCUGGCCGAUCAUGAUUGCGGGCUUCAAGAUGUGGCCUUUUGUUUCGAUUCUUUGCUUCGUGGCUAUCCCUGCUGACAAGCGUCUCCUUGUCUCCAGUCUAUUUGGUGUUCUUUGGGCUAUAUACCUCAGCCUCAUGUCCGGUUGAGGACGACCGCGGGAUAAAGUCGAGGAAUCGUUCUGGCUGGGAAGUAGGCUCACCCAGAUCUGUGCUGGACCUAAAGGGCCCUGGCAUGAACAGCGGGCCGCACAGAAACCUUCUCAGAUUUGCCUACCACGUUGGUAGCAGUAUUUUGACAGAGUUACGUUUAUGACAUUCAGAAUAUGGAAACCUUCUUACUUGGAAGCAAUUAU